AUGCCUCAGAUUCCUACGCCGCCUGUGUCGCGGCCAGGCUCGGAGAACCCCGAGGCCGAGCUGAAGCCCGCGGAAGCUUCGUCGGAGUUGCUUGCUUCUUUGGACACGCUGCUUGAGCAGUACCUACACCUGCUUGAUCGGCAGCAGAAGCUACAGUCGGGCUUUUCAAAGCAGCUGUCUUCGGGGUUUCUUGCUCUCGCCCAUGCAAACUACACCUGCCCUCCAGGCCGCCGAUAUGGUCGUGACUAUUAUGACGAGCGGAUGAAGACAAACAAGAAGAUCUCCAUCCAGACUGAACAAGACGUGGACGAAGCCGAAGACACCCCAGACUCCCUGGAAGAAGCAGAGACACCUGCGUCGAACGAUCUCCUGUACAAUUUCCACAUACAAUCAAUCUCCAACCGCGAGGCGGAGAAGACCGACGAAAAGGAAGACGCGGAAAAGUUACCCGUCGAAGAUAAACAGACCGAAGCACCGUCGCAACAAGAGGAGAUCCCUACGAAACAAACGAGUGAUACAACUUCAUCAGCCGCUGAAAAUUCCAGCGCUGUCGUCGACACCGAUAAUGCAGUCGAAGAGCCCAAGAAACCUCACAAGAAGUUCCGUUCAGACGAUCCCAUCUAUUGGUACGGCAUCCUGGUACCGCCGUCACUCCGCAGCGCACAAAAGUCCUUUACAGAAGGCGUCCGAACCCAAGUACCCGCAUUGGCCGGGACAAUUGUCGAAAUGCGCGCUCUGGAACACAAGAUCACCCAACUACGAGCCAAGCUUGAGAGCUCCACCUAG